CUGAAUGUCACUUUUCUUGUGGUUUAUCAUACACCUCGACCAUAUCCAUCAAGUUGCUGUCUCAUUUUACACGAAAAAUUAUGAAUUUAUUUCACUUUAUUUUGGGUGUUUUCUCAAUUUAUUUAUCCACUUUUGUGAUAUGUGUGCGUACAGACGAGAUUCUCGGCUGUGGAGGUUUCAUUAAAAGUCAUGCCGAAAUAGACUUCUCAAAAGUCGAAGUGAAAUUACUCACAAAGCAGGGGAGUCUCAGAGACCACACAGACUGUUCACCAGGAAAUGGUUACUACUUCCUACCCGUCUAUGACAAAGGCGAUUAUAUUCUGAAAAUUUCACCGCCUCCCGGAUGGAGCUUUGAACCAGAACAAAUCGAAAUCUCAUUCGAUGGUGAAACCGAUAUUUGCAGUCUGGGGAAGGACGUCAAUUUCUCGUUUAAGGGUUUCGGCAUAACGGGGAAAGUUGAGAUAUCCGGCCGAGAUGGUGGUGCCAAAGGAGUCGAUGUUGAAUUAAAAUCCGAGAAUAAACAAGACGUCAGAACGACUGUUUCGGAUGCUAAUGGUAUUUUCUAUUUCACACCUGUUAUACCCGGCAAAUAUACUAUUAAAGUGAAACGAGACACUUGGCACUUUGAGCAAGCCGAGCGCACAGUCAUUGUGAACACUGGAAACACCGAAUUGCCACCAAAAUCUUUCGUUGUAUCGGGAUUCGAUGUCCGAGGAAAAUUUCUGCUAGACUCUCAAUCAACCAUCGACAUUCAGAUUGUACUUUUCAAGAAAGUUGGAUCCAAUUCCGUUGUUAAAUGUGACGCGUCCAGUCUACCUCAAAUAUCGUCGAACAACGAAAAUUACUCAACGAAACCGGUCUGUGUUGCAACAGUGGUGAAUGGUGUUUAUUCGUUUAGUGGUCUCGGUUCAGGCCAGUAUCUAGUCAGACCUUACUUCCAACGCAAAAAAGUCGAUCUUUUCAUCAAACCAGAUUCUAUUGAAAUCGAUGUCGUCAAGGAUAGACUCGACAUUUCGGAAUCAUUCGAAAUAACUGGAUUCAGUGCAUCCGGUCGAGUUCUAGCAGCUUCGAAUAGUUUCGGUGUUGGCAAUGCCAAAAUAAAGUUUAAUGGAAAGGAAGUGGCCACCACGCACUCAGAUGGGACAUACGUUGUAACUAAUAUUAAGGCGGGAACGUAUACCAUUCAAGUCGAAGCUGACAUGCUACAAUUCAAUGAUCAAACUGUAAAAAUAUCAACCGCCAAUCCAGUCAUUCCGGACAUCACUGUUGCAGCGUUUAAAGUGUGUGGACAAGUUGUAUCACAACAAUCGCACACAGUUGCACUGACCAAACAUUCCUCAACCUUCCACACUCAAGUCCAGUCCGCACCACAGACGGGUGAAUGGUGUGUCUAUCUACCGAAUGGUCGUUAUUCUGCUGAAAUUUUAACCAGCUCAGAUGAUCGCAUCCAAUUCUUCCCCAUCCAACAAAACAUCGAAGUGUCCUCAUCGCCGGUGUCUGGCAUUAUUUUCUCACAGCUACGGGCUACGGUAACUGGAAGUGUGAAAUGCCUACCCGAUUCUGGUUCAAAUUGUAAUGACAUAUCGGUGACACUACACUCUUUGGAUUCGAGUGGAAAGCACGAUGGAAAACAGUCCAUAGCAUUGCUCAAAAACGGCAAAUACGCAUUUUCGGAAGUUUUACCUGGCACCUAUGAAGUAACUGUUCCCACUCCAUCGUCUCUGUGUUGGGAGAGUACCACAAUUACGUUAAACGUAAAGUCAGCCACGGAAACUAUUCCUCCGUUUGUGCAGAUCGGCUAUAAAAUGUCGGUGAUCAGCAGUCACAGCACUAAAAUGACUUACAAAUUGAAUGCUGCCAAUCAAUCCGAUCAAUCAGAGGAAAUUCAACUUGUCACCGGAUUGAAUCAGUUCUGCGUAACAAAGUAUGGCCAGUACAUCAUCAACUUCGUCGGAUGCCAUUCAUACGAUGCCAAUGUUCCCCCCUUUAUGCACACCAAUGAUGUUCAACAGGCCGUUGUAACUGCGGUCAAACAUAAAAAUGGCGUUCGACUACUCUCCGACGUCAACGCUAACUAUAAGUUCGUUGUAGAGCGUUCGAAUAAUGUGGAAACAGUGGAUUUGGUUGCUGAUAAACAAAAAAGCGAUGGAUUGUUCGUGUAUCGACAUGACUUUGAUUUACAGUUGGAUGAACGUAUUGUUGUCGUGCCUAAAAAUGAUGUGAUGCUGUUCAAACCGGAAAAGAGAGAAAUUAUCGGUGGUAGUGAUUGUUUGGAAAAUGCAUUUUCGUUUUACGCCACCAAAGGCAUGAUAAUCAAUGGAAAAAUCAAUCCACCAAUUAGCGAUGCGGUCAUAACACUGAAAUUCCCCAACAAUCCAGCAUUGGGCGAUCUUGAAACAAAAUCCGAUCAGAGUGGCUCUUUCAAAUUCGGUCCAUUUGAUGGUAGCCUAACGGUUGAACUCACUGCCUUCAAAGAAUCGUACGUGUUCAGUGAAUACGACAAAGUCAACCAACUGUUUAAGGCACACAAGCUAUGCGAAAUUAUUGCGGUUGUUCGAGAUGAGCAACAGAAUCUGCUGCCAGGGGUUCUACUGUCUUUAUCUGGAGCAGAAAGUUAUCGUAAAAACUUGGUCACAAGCGACGACGGUACGAUCAAGUAUCACUCACUGUCACCAGGCCAGUAUUACUUGAGGGCAAUGAUGAAAGAAUACAAAUUCGAGCCACACUCAAAGGUCAUUGACGUGGCUGAUGGCGAAACGAUCAACGUCGAAUUGAGUGGAAAGCGUGUCGCCUACUCAAUAUUUGGAACAGUUACCACAUUGUCCGGUGAGCCAUUCCCAAAUGUACUUGUUGCUACUACGGCGAAAGAACCGUGUGAGAUCAGCCAUCAGGAGGAUGCUACGACCGAGAAGAAUGGAAACUAUCGUAUUCGCGGACUGUUGCCUGGAUGUUCGUACGAUGUUCACGUCAAGUCGGGAAGUACAGAGAACUCGAAUGUUGACCGAACGGUGCCUCAGACGCAAAGCAUUCAAAUCGAAAAAGUGGACGUGAAAGAUGUGAAUUUCGUUGCAUUCAGCCCAGUUUCAUUUGUCGAUGUAAUUGCCCGGGUCUAUGCCUCGAACAACGACUAUUACAAAUCUCUUCGAAUCAAACUGUACAAGAAAGGAAAUUCCGACAGUCCAAUUUAUUCGCAACGUGUCGAAUCACCGCUUAAUCCGAAGAGCCGUAUUAAUCCAGGAAUUAUGGUCUUCUUCCCACGCAUUCCAUUCGACGGCAACACUUAUUUCGUCGAACUGACAACUACUCUGAGCGACAAACACUUCAAAUACGACCUGUCCGUUCAAUCCUUCCUGUCGAAUCGCAGUUCUGUUUUCAUCGAAAUGGAAUUCGCACCGGAAGUACGAACAUCGGAAAACGAAUUAAAUCAAAAUUCGUUGUCGGCGUUGCUGUUGGUCGGUUUAAUUGCCAUUGUGUUCUUUAAGCAAGAUUUGGCCAUGGAAUUACUCAAUUUUGUGUGGAGUCGAUUAAGCGGAUUGAUCGACAAUGCCUUAGCGAAAAGCAAGAAAAAGGAGAAUCGUUACGAUGGCACGUUUGAUGCAAGUGAAAUCGAAAAACUUGCGCAGAGCAUUAAUGCUACGAAGAGGAAAAGUGUACGGAAAACAUAAUGGUCGGGAUAUCAUUGUCCAUGUCUUUAAGAUAUGGGGUGUGGCGAAUGUGGUAUUUUGUAAAAUUAAAAUGAAACGUUCGGUGAUGCA